AUGAAGGUUACAAAAUUGUGUGAUGUCUAUAUCUUUGGCGUAUUAGCAUUGGAGAUAAUAAAAGCAAAGCAUUUUGGGGAGUACAUUACUCUGCUAGCAAAUUCAUCAACUAGUGAUCAUGUGCAGCUUAGCGAUUUGCUAGAUGAACGCAUUUCACAUCCUGAAAAUGAAGUAAAAGAGGUUUUGGUAUUUAUCAUCAAGCUAGCAAGCUCUUGUUUGCUUGAAACUCCAAAAUCAAGGCCAAUAAUUGAGUUAGCGAAUCUGAAAAACCUCACUGAACUGGAUUUUUCAGGUAAUCAACGUACUGGUUCAAUUCCAUUUACUCUAGGUGACUUAACUGAGCUCAAAAUUUUGUAUCUUUUUUCUAACCAACUUUCUGGUCACAUUCCUAGUGAGUUGGGGAAUCUGAAAAACCUCACCAAGCUGGAUUUAUCACAUAAUCAACUUACUGGUCCUAUUCCAAUUACUAAGCUUCAUUGCAUUAAUUUUAGCGACAAUAAAUUUCAUGGUGAACUCUGCAGUAACGAGGGGAAAUGUAAGAAUUUAAUUGAUCUACGGGUAGCCAGAAAGCCACCAGAGAUUGGAAACGUCAAAGGGCUUCUAGGACUUGAUCUUUCAUCGAAUCAUUUGGUCGGGCAGAUUCCUAAGGAAAUUGGAGAUUUAACCUCUUUGGUUAAUCUUUUUGUUCAAAACAACAACAUUUCUGGCAGUAAACCCGGGGAACCUGGGUCACAGACAAAAUUAGAGUCCCUUGAUCUAUCAGGCAAUAGAUUGAUUGGGUCGAUCCCAAUUUUUUUAGAAGAUUAUGUGCACUUGCUUUAG